UCCAAUAAAUAAUUGGAGACGACACUAAUAAGGAUCACUCAGGACACGUAACAAAACUGCCAGGUGUAACACCUCCUUGGCCAGGUGUUGAGUUUCAAGAAUAUUGCAUGAGUGUAUAUAUAAGCUUUGGUGAGACAGAUAAAUAUGAGAUAACAGUCUAACAAUGUCGGGAGCGCAAGGAGCAGAGCCGAUGGGAUCAAAGACGGCGACGACGUACGAGUCGCUGGAAGGAGGACAGAACAAGACAAAGCUUGAUUUAAGGUCGAGGGAAGAUGAAGGUGGAAUUAAAGUUGAUAAGCAAGAAGACAAGGUUCCUGAAGCUGCUGGUCUAGGCGGACCUGUCUUUGGCGCUGGUAAAGAAGAUAAGAAGCAGGAUCUUGGUGUUACCGGCACUGGUUAAAUCUCUUGUUUCUAUAAUGUAAAGUAUGUGUUUAUACUUGUCUUUUCACGUUAGUGUUUGUUUAAGAAUCAGAAGUCGAUGAAUAAAGUAAUCUACGGGUCUUUUCUCGUCAUGUUAAUGUUAGUCACACAAACGACAU